AUGACCCCAGUCAAUAUUACUUCUUCAUCAGAUGCGCUACCAUCCAAGUCGACAAACACAGCACACGCGACAAUCACAACAUCACUGCCAAAUCCCUCUCUACAAGUUACUGCAGACCACAAGUUGAAACAACAAGAUGCACCUGUCUAUGCGCCGGCUAGGGGAGAAGUCUUGUUACAUAUCAAAGCCACGGGCGUUUGCGGCUCCGACAUACAUGUCUGGAAAGCCGGCAGAAUAGGUUCUCUAGUCGUCGAAGGAGAUUGCAUUCUCGGUCACGAAGCCUCAGGCAUCGUGUUACAGUGUGGCGAAGACGUCACAACCUUGCAGCCUGGCGACCGUGUAGCAGUUGAGCCUGGAGUACCGUGCGGCACAUGCUUCUUGUGCAUGGAUGGGCGGUACAAUCUGUGUGAAGAUGUUCAGUUUGCAGGUGUCUACCCCUACGACGGCACCAUCCAGCGAUACAAAACCCAUCCUGCAAAGUGGUGUCAUAAGCUCCCUUCCAACAUAUCCUUUGCUGAAGGCGCGCUCCUUGAACCUCUUUCUGUGGUCAUGCAUGGCAUCAAGUCCGCUGGUCUUUCUCUAGGCCGCGGUGCUGUGGUAUGCGGUGCUGGACCAAUUGGUCUCAUUGCAUUGGCAGCUGCCAGGGCAAGUGGAGCGCAUCCGCUCGUCAUUACAGAUCUUGAGCCGAAGCGAUUGGCGUUUGCGAAAAAGUUUGUGCCUUCAGCUAUUACCUAUCAAGUUGAACGGACUCUUGAUGCAGCAGGCAACGCAAAGAAGAUCAGAGAGCUGUUUGACUUUGGCAUUGUAGGCGAGUAUGGAGCGCCAGAGACGGUGCUGGAAUGCACCGGUGUUGAAAGCAGUGUUAUUACCGCUGCGUACACGGCGCGAAGGGGUGGCACCGUCAUGGUUAUUGGCGUUGGAAAAGAAACUAUGCAUAAUCUGCCUUUUAUGCAUCUGAGCUUAGCUGAGAUUGACCUUCGAUUUAUCAAUCGCUAUCGCGAUACCUGGCCUGCGGGUCUGCAGUGCUUGGCUGGUGGCAUACUGGACCUCAAGCCACUUGUUACCCAUACGUUUCCACUGGAAAAGGCCCUGGAUGCACUGCAUACAUGCGCUGAUCUCAACAACGGAAGCAUCAAAGUGCAAAUCAUCGAUGAAGUGGAUGAUGUGAUCUAG